AUACACACAGAGCCCAGGUCCGGAACCAGGCCGCCGGAUGCGGAAGAGGCGGGCGAGGAGGCGGCGGCGGUGGUUGUAAAAUGGCGUGCUCCUUGCUACUAAGGAGGCUGCUCUGCUUCCCUUCUGGGCCUGGCGCCGGCGGGCAGAACACAGUUUUGCCCAUUUCACCACUAAAUGUAAUGGCAGUGAGGUUGGCAUCAAAAAAGUCUGGAGGCAGCUCUAAAAAUCUUGGUGGGAAAAGUCCCGGGAAACGCUAUGGCUUCAAAAAACUGGAAGGGCAGUUUGUUCAUGCAGGCAACAUACUAGCAACACAGCGAAUAAUUCGCUGGCACCCAGGAGCUCAUGUGGGAAUGGGCCGCAACAAGUGGCUGUAUGCGCUUGAAGAUGGAAUUGUGCGAUAUACUAAGGAGGUCUAUGUGCCACCUCCCCGUAGCAAGGAGAGCACGGACAUCAUCUGCCAAUUACCCAGAGGAGCUGUGCUUUAUAAAACUUUCAUAAAUGUAGUUCCCACAGCUGAGGUGGGGAGUUUUAAGUUGGUCAACAUGCUCUAAGACUUUAAUAUCUGCACAUUGUCAGCAAACAACUUACUCAGGGGGAUCUGAGACUUGUCAUUCCCUUCAUUCUGAGUGACUUUGGUUGUUAUCUUCUGUUGCCGAGAUAUAUUCUGGGCCCCUCUAAUAUACUGUCAACAGAAAUUUCUGUGUAGUCACGGAUAUAUAGUUAUAUAUUUGGCCACCCUAAUUAUCUUCGGUUGCUGAGAUAUAUUCUGGGCAUCUCUAACAUUCUGUGAAGAGACUUCUGUGUAGCCAUGGAUAUAUAUUUAUAUAUCUGGCCACUCUAAUGAAAUAAAUGUUUUCUAAAAUGAAAAGGCAAUACUACCAUUGUUAAUUGAUGGCAUGGCUUGAAGCAACUUUCUCUGUUGAUGUAUUUGCAGGGUGGGCAGUGGAGAUUGCUGCCAUCCAGUAGACGAUAGGGUUAUGGAGAACUUGGCAAAAUUACCUAUUUUGGACAAUAGUUCCCAUAAUCCCCCAUCCUGCAUGGCCACUAGUUUAGAGCUUCACCUUGAAGGGGUUUUGCUUGAGCCACCGAACUACUCAGCAAGUUGGAGAAAUUUCAAAUGUGGCCUGCAAUUGUAGGCACUCACAAUGACUUUUGGCCUCCCAUGUAGAAAGAACUUGGUAUGGAAUGCCCGAGUUCUUUGGAAUUUCAUUGCAUUAUAUAAGGCAGUCUUAGUAAAUUUGAUGUCAACUAUGGGCUAAGUAAACUUAAAUAGGUGCUGGAGAGAUACUCUUAGUAGAAAGUGCUCCAUCAGUUCAUUCUUUUUUGUUGAAAGCCACAAUGUUGAAGUACUGUGGGUUGUAUGUCAUGGAAGAGAACUUACUAUACUCAAGUAGGAAUGGGCAAUUUUCUGCACUGGGGGUGUUUGGGGCUGGCGUGGAAUGCAAAAAGACAAAGAAAAAAACCCAUAGCAAUAGUGGAAGCUUACUUCUGAUAAUGAAAAACGUGUAUUUUUUAACAGUGAAUGGGAACUGUGAACAUCUUCCUGGAGCAUUCUAGGAUCCACCUCUUUUUGAUUCUAAAAAGAGCAGCCCUGGGAGACUGCAGGGGUUGAGGCCCAUAAAAGUUGGGGGGAGCACACUUUACUGAACUCUUCUCUCAAUGCAUUCAGAUCCCAUAACUGCAACAUCCCAAACAGCCUUUUGCAAAAAAAAAACAAAAAAACAAAAACAAAACAAAACAAAACAAGAUGAAUUUAAUAAAGCAAUAAAUAACUCAAUUGCCACACUUGAGUAAUCUUUCCUAAACUGGUGCUGGCCAGAUGUAUGGGGCUACAGCCCCAAUCAACAUGAAUUUUAGUCCCAGGACAUCUGGAAGGAACCUGCUUGUGGAAGUCUACUCUUAGAGAACAUGUGGCCUUUCAGAUGCUGUUAAGAUUAUAGUUAUCAUCCCUUACCACUGCCUAGGGCUGAUAAGAAUGGCAGUUCUCCAAUACCUGGAGGACAACAUAUUCUCCAGCCCUACCCAUGUGUGGCUGGAGGUUAAGUGGGUCCUUGGUAUACGCGGGGGAUCCGUUCCAGACCCCUCCCGCAUAUACCAAAAUCUGUGUAUGCUCAAGUCCCUAUUGUCCCCAAUGGC